ACGACAUUGCAUCCACCAUGAAGAAAGACGUCGAAGCGGUGAUUUCCUACUGGCGAGACCCUGGUGAUGGUUCUCUCCCGGACCCCGAGAACGAUGCCGAAAUAUUCUUCGGCCAUCACGAUGAAGAAAAUCGAACUAUGCAUGUGCGAGAUAUACGAGGAUCAGAGUCGAUUUAUUCGUUAGACACAAAUGGUUUUGAGGUUCAUACCAUUGCAAAGAAGGAAUGGGAUAUGAUGAAUGAGGAGAUUGUGAGGACGGAGUACUUUGAAGAGAUAUCUGACCUGAUUAAAAGAGCUACCGGAGCGAAAGAGGUGGUUGUGUUCAGCAACGCGCUACGCGGGCUCCCGCGUAAUUCAUUGAAGCCGAGAGAAUUCGGAGGCAAAAAAGUUCAAGCACCUUCUCCAAGACCUCACGUCGACUUUUCACCCGAAAACGCCGAAGAGUUUGUCUUGAGUCGCAUACCUAGUAGCGGAGGUCCGGAAAGAGCUGAAGUUGCCAAUCUGAUUGCAAACGCGCCUCGGUGGCAAGUUCUCGGCAUCUGGAAACCUCUCAAACCCGUCCGAAGGGAUCCCCUGGUUCUUAUAGACUCGCGAAGCGUUCCUGAUUCCGACUACUGUGAUCUCCCUCGAGAUAAGACUGCGAAACUGAUGGGACGAGAGAUGAAGUGGGUUCUGUCAAUGUUGAAACAUGGGCGGAAAGAAGAGGAGCACCGUUGGCAUUAUUUGAGCGAUAUGCAGCCUGAGGAGGUUUUGAUCUUUAAGCAUUUUGAUUCGAAAAAGGAUAUUGCGGCUUGGAGAUGCGCUCAUACGUCAAUCGAGAUCCCGGGGACAGAGAACCUUCCAGCAAGAGAGAGCAUUGAUGUUAGAGCCUUGGUAUGUUAUUGAGAUACAGAGACUGAAGCGGUUCAAAGGCAUGAUAAUCGCUGAAAUGGGAAGAAAGAGGAAGAUCAUUUUCUUCUUAGAAUGAAAUCUUUUUCUUUCUUGAAUACACCAAGAUGUUGUGAUACAAUCGGAGUCCUUCUUCUCUACGAAGACCACGGGCAUAAAGUGACGGGAUUACAGGGAAUUUGUGCUUUAACAGCACUUCGGUGUCUUUUUUGUUUCUUUUUAG